GCUAAGCUGCUGAUUCAGCCAACUUGACUGCCAGCCCGUUCUCCUGUCAGAAUUGCAGAAACACGCAAGUUACGCAAGCAGACGACGCCUCGCACACCCGUCGCACUCUCAGUACCUUCUUUACGCUAUCGAGCAUCCUUACGAGCGCGAAAAGCUCUCGUAAAACGCCAGCCGCGCAAAAACACACUCAGCUAGCAGCACAAAACGUUGUCAGUCACAAUGCAUGUCAACAAAGCACACGCAGCACUCAUCCUGGCGUCCGCCAGCGCCCUCACGGGUUCCGGGAAGAAGCCGUUCCCCAAGCUGCGCCCGCUCAAGUCGGCGCUCGCCGCGAAACCGGACCUCUUCGGCAUCAACGAGGAGGACGCGUUGCUGACUGCGAAGCGCGAAGGCCAGAAUUCGUUCCGCGGCGCGUUCGAGAAGGCCGCAUUCUUGAAUGCUGACGUGUUUGGUUUCAAAGAUGAAGCUCGAGUUCUAUCGAACACGGCGGCGCGCCCCGGCCAGCAGAACUACAUGUCUGUGUUGAAGGGUGCCCUGGGCUUCCCCGAUACCAUCAAAGGGAAUGAUGGUGCCUGCACCAUCGACUAUUCAUCCCCUGAUCUCCGCACGCCGAUCCGCGACGGCGGCUCCCCAUCUGUGGUCGUGUCCUACGCGUCGGCCGACCUCCGCCCGGCUGCGUCCCAGGCCCUGCCGUUCCUCGACCGCCCGGAGGUGCUCGAUGAAGUUAGGCUGGCCGGUGAUGCCGGUUUUGAUCCGCUUGGUUUGGCCUCCGAUGCUGAAAGUCUCAUCCGGUACCGCGACGCGGAACUCAAGCACGCUCGCCUCGCGAUGCUGGCCGCGGUGGGCUGGCCCCUCGGGGAACUCUUCCAGCCGGACCUGGCCGCGCAGUGGCACGCGCCCUCGCUGGUCUUCGCCCAGGGCGGCGAGAACCCGUCAGUUUUGAAUGGUGGACUGCAAAAUGUGCCCGUCGUGUUUUGGGCCGGGGCGCUCGCGGUCGCGGUCGCGGCGGAGCUCGCCGGCCUCCAGGCCGCGAAUGACGGCAAGGCGCCGGGAGACCUCGGCUUGCGCGCGGGCCAGAAGGCGCUCGCGGCGGCGCUGGGCGGCUCCGAGGCCGCGGUGGCCGACGCCGAGCUGGCGAACGGCCGCGUGGCCAUGCUGGCGAUCGUGGCCUACGUCCUCCAGGAAUUCGCGGCGACGAGCAGCGGUAUCCCGGAGCCCGUCGUGUCGCUGAGCUACGGGCUCUUCCACCCGUUCGUGUGAGCUGUAUAGCACUUCCCCGCGGCGCGCGGCGGCGCGCACCAUCCCUGUUGUAAAACUAGUCUACUACAAAA